AUGGCCGGCCUGGGGCGUCCGAGCCCGGGGCCGCGCUCUGCGAUGCCCGCCUGGAAGCGGGAGAUUCUCGAGAGGAGGCGGGCCAAGCUGGCUGCCCUGGGUGCGGGCCCGGGGUCCGGCGCGGCGCCCGCGGGACCAACAGAGCGCCUGGUGCUGGCCGACAGCCUGGGCCCACUGCGGGAGAACCCGUUCAUGAAGCUCGAGUCGGAGCGGCGGCGCGGGGCGCGACCAGCUCAGCAGCUGCUGGAGCUGUACCGCCGCGUGCCGGGCGUGCGCACCAUCCGUGCAGACAACAUCCUGAUUAUCGAGUCGGCGCCCGGCUUCCCUCCCGCCGAGCCGCCCGCCGCCGGCAUCCGCGCCGCCGAGGUGGUGGUGUACGAGACGCCGCAGCCGGGCCGCGUCAGCCGCCUGCUGGAGAAGUUCGACCCGCCCGCCGCGCCGCGCCGCCGCGGGAGUCCCGAGCGCGCUCGCCCCGCGCCGCCGCAGCAACCGUCGCCGCUCCCCAUGGCGCCCGCGCCCACCGCCCCGCGCGCACCUACCCACCGGCCCGCGGCUUCCGCUCCGCCGGGCCUCCCCGCUCCGCCCGCGCCCUCUGCUUCUCCUGCGCCCCCAACCACGCGCGCGGGCCAGCGCACCACCUGCUGCGAGCCGGGGCACCUCGGCGGCGGGCCGGACUCCGGGACCCGACGCAACGACUUCCUGCAGAAGACCGGCAGCAACUCCUUCACUGUCCACCCCCGGGGCCUGCACCGCGGCGCGGGCGCUCGCCCGCUCUCCAACGGGCCCGCGGCCUCCGAGCCCCGUGCCGGCCCUGCCAACGGGCUCGCGGGCUCCCCGCCUGUGCCCGGCGAGUGGAAGCCAAAGGUGGAGUCGGGGAAACCCUCCCUCCACCCGCCCCCCAGUCCCGGGACCCCGAGUGCCACUCCAGUCGCGUCCCCUACCUUGCCGGCGCCCAGCCCUGCCAGUGCCACUCCCAGCCAGCGCCAGUGGGUCUCCGCUGCUACCAGCGCCAAUGAUUCCUUCGAGAUAAGGCCGGCCCCCAAGCCAGACCUGCAGACUAUUCCCAUGGGGGACCUCCAGGCCCGGGCCCUGGCCAGCCUCCGCGUGAACUCCCGCAAUUCAUUCCUGUUCAUUCCCAAGCGCAAAGCUUCCGGGAACCCUCCUGCCGGGGGGAGGCAGUCAGCCGAGCUGCCAAAGAGAGAGGUGGACUGGGCCUCUCAGGGCCAGGAGCUCGGAGCCCAGCUGGUGUGUGGAGCUGAGGGUGCACCUGCCCUUGGGAGGAGCCCCUUGGGGACCCAGGUUCAGUGGGCAGUUAAGGAAGGCAACUGUCCCCGACCAGCCACUGCUCUCACAGAUAGGGCAGUUAGAUGGCAGAGACCAUCCUCACCUCCCCCAUUCCUUCCCGCCACUGCUGAAGCUGAGCCUGCUGAGGGCUUGGGGAUUUCCAGCUUGGCCAAGAAUGGCCAGGAGCCUGGGAGGCCAGGACUGCCUGUCACAUUCAUUGAUGAGGUGGACUCAGAGGAGGAGGCACCCCCCCAAGAAGCCAAAUUGCCCUGCUCAGGGGUUGGUGCAACUCCCCAGUACCAUCUGCAUCCUGCCAGACCCGGGCAUACCUCAGAGCUCCAGCACCGAGGCAGCAAUACCUUCACAGUGGUGCCUAAGAGGAAGCCAGGGGCCUUUCAAGAACCACACUUCAGUCAGACCAACGGGGAGCCCCAGCCACAGAAGCCCGAGGAAGAGGAGGCUGGUAGCCUCUCAGGACCCCAUGCUGCCUUGGAGAACACCCUGAAGAAGCGCUACCCCACCGUGCAUGAGAUCGAGGUGAUUGGUGGCUAUCUCGCCCUGCAGAAGUCCUGCCUCACCAAGGCUGGCUCCUCAAGAAAGAAGAUGAAGAUCUCCUUCAAUGACAAGAGCCUGCAGACAACAUUUGAGUAUCCUUCUGAGAGCUCCCUGGUGCAGGAGGAAGAGGCAGAGGAGGAAGAGGAGGAGGAGGAAGGGGAGGAGGGAGAAGAGGAAGAGGAGCAGCCCAGCUCAGAGAAGCCCUUUGCCCUCUUCCUGCCCCGGGCCACAUUUGUGAGCAGCGUGGGGCCUGAGAACCCCUGGCUGCCAGAUGGCAGCUCAGGCCUGUCCAGCUAUACUCCAAAACACUCCAUGGCCUUCAGCAAGUGGCAGGAGCAGACGCUGAUGCAAGCUCCAAGUGAAGUGGAACCACCACUGAAGGAGAUCAUGCUCACACCUGCCAGUCAGAAUGAUCUUUCAGACUUCCGCAGUGAGCCAGCCCUCUAUUUCUGAGCCCCUCCCGCCCCCCAGUGGUGCUAGGACGGCCAAGUCUGAGCCACUAGGAUGGUGGUUCUGAGAGCCAGGCAGGGCUCUCUCAUUCUGCACCCUUUUCUACCUGGCUGUGCUCCACUCUUCUUUCCUACAUGUGGCCUGCCAUUGCAGCCAGGUCUACCUGAU